AUGACGGAGUCACGGAUAAAACGGCUUGCUACGACGUUGAUGGACGCCACGACGGAUAAGGACCCUCUCGUGCAGGAGCAGAUCUACAAUGCGCUCUGCUACCUGGGGGAAUCGGAGCCCGAGGAGAUCCUCCACUCCUGCGACGAGUACCUCCGGCAGCACGACAAGCUGGCGUACCCCCACCGGGUGAUCAUCCUCAGGGCAAUGGAGACGGUGGUGAGGAACAACAUCUCCCUCUUGGACAAAAGCACGGCCAAGGUCGUUAUCUUCCUGGCGUCUAAUGAAAUGACCAAAUCAAAGGAGGUGAGCCGGGACUGGCAGCAAGCUGCCAGCGACGUCCUGGUGGCUGUGGGACAGCGCUUCAUCAACAAGGUGAUGGAGGAGGCGCUCACCAAGUUCCAGCCGGGGAUCCUGCCGCACUACUUCAUCUUGCAGACCUUCGCCAACCUCUCUGUGUCCAAUGUGUUCGGAAUGGUGCCGUUCCUCAACUCCAUCCUCGGGACGAUGCUGCCCAUGCUGGGGAUGGCCAAGCAGGACCACAUGAAGGCCGUCUUCUGCUACGCUCUGCAGCACUUCAGCGAGAGCAUCCAGGAGUAUUUGGCGAAUUUGGACAAGGCACCAGACCCCACGGUCAGGAAGGACACCUUCUCCAACGAGAUCUUCAGCGCCUACGAAGUGCUCUUCAACAGCUGGCUGCAGCACCGGGAAGCCAAGCUGAGACUGGCCGUGGUGGAGGCUCUAGGACCCAUGAGUUACCUGAUGCCGGGUGAAAAGCUGGAGGAGCAGCUCCCCAAGCUGAUUCCAGGCAUCCUCGCCCUCUACAAGAAGCACACGGAGGCUUUCUACAUAUCCAAGAGCCUCUGCCAGAUCCUGGAAGCUUCCGUCGACAUCGGCAGCCGCAGCCUUGACACACAGCUGGACCCUCUCCUGGGCACCCUGCACCCCCAGAUUUGUGCACCUGCAGAUCCCUCUGUUCCCCUGACCGUUAAAAAUCACACUGAGGUUCUGCGAUGCUUCACUGUUCUGGCUUGCUCCUUCCCUGACCGUGUGCUGGCCUUCCUCCUGCCCAAGCUGGAGAGCAGCAGUGAGAGGACGCGCGUGGGGACACUCCUCAUCAUGCGGCAGAUCAUCAACAGCGCCCCCUCUCAAAUGGAGGUUAAAAAGCCCUUUAUUCUUUCCUCAAUGAAACUUGCUCUGCAGGACAGCAACAAUAAGGUGAAACGUGCCAUGGUGCAGGUAAUCAGCGCCAUGGCCCACCACGGCUACCUGGAGCAGCCCGGCGGGGAGGCGAUGCUGGAGUUCCUCGUGCGCCAGUGUGCCCUGCCCUCGGACGCGCAACCUAAAAAGCAGCUGCCGGAUGCCGAUGACCUCACUAGUGACAGCGUUAGGAACAUCAGUGUCAACACGCUCUUUCUGCUCAGCACCACCGUCGACAGGAUGAACAACGUCCUGUGGCCAUACCUCCUGGAGUUUGUCACCCCCAUACAGUUCACCAACGCCCUCGCUCCACUCUGCAAGAGCCUCAUGUACUUGGCCAUGAAGAAGCAGGAGGAGGGAGAAAACGCGUCCCUGAUCCGUUAUGACCUGAACGCGAACCUUCCUUCGCCCUACGCUCUAACGACAAGACUGCUGGUGGUGUCAUCGCAGCCGUACGCAGGAGACUGCCGGGGCACGGCUGCCCUGCGCCUGCUCCAUGUCUUGCAUUGCAGCGUCCACCCUGCGCUCGACCAGCUCUGGAGCAAGCGCGUCCCGCUCUUGGUGGAGCACGUGGAAGAGAACACGGAGAAGUCGCUGUGCCAGAAGGAAUGGGAAGAGAAGCUGCUGCUG